UAAGCACAGAUAUAGGGAGACACUGUCGACUCAUAGCUUUAUCUCUGACCCACACUGAAGAAACAGACAUCAGUCUGCUGGACAUCCACGAAGACCUUCACCAUGUCUAUCUGGCUAACACCACUGGUGGUUCUUUGCACAGUGUGUCUGUGUGUGGAGGGGACGCUGAAGACCAUGAAUGGUCAGCUGGUGAACGUGGUGGACAACUGCGACCCUGCUGACCCCAACUCGUGCGGGGCGGGCAAAUGCUGUGUCAAAGAGGGCAUGGCUUACAUACCUGAGGCCACUGGCCCUAAACCUGCAUACGUUAUCCGUUGCCAGGCUCAUGGUACCACGGGACGGAUGUGUUUCAUCAACAUGAACUCUCACGAGACUUGUCCCUGUGCUAAUGGGCUCACAUGCAAGGCUGGAGUACUGGGUUUCUUUGGCCACUGUUCGUAAACAUAUCGGCAAAUAGACGGGGGAAUCGACAGGUAUUGAUAUCUGAACAAACCUGUGUACAUUCUGUAAACAACCAGCCAUCACCCCCAAAUGAAAUAAAAUCUUGACAAUGUUUCA